AUGGACAUUACCAUCCAGCACCCCUGGUUCAAACGCGCCCUGGGACCCCUGAUUCCAAGCCGUUUGUUCGACCAGUUUUUUGGAGAGGGUCUCCUGGAGUACGAUCUCCUGCCUUUGUUCUCCUCCACUAUCAGCCCCUACUACCGGCAGUCCCUGUUCCGCAGCGUGCUGGAGUCGGGCAUUUCAGAGGUGAGGUCUGACCGGGACAAGUUCACAAUCAUGCUGGAUGUAAAACAUUUCUCUCCUGAAGAUCUGAGCGUGAAGAUUAUUGAUGACUUUGUGGAAAUCCACGGCAAGCACAGUGAAAGACAGGAUGAUCAUGGCUACAUCUCCCGUGAGUUCCACCGCCGGUACCGCCUGCCUGCCAAUGUGGACCAGUCUGCCAUCACCUGUUCCCUGUCCAGUGAUGGCAUGCUGACCUUCUCGGGCCCAAAGGUCCCCUCCAAUAUGGACCCCAGCCACAGCGAGAGGCCCAUCCCUGUGUCCCGGGAGGAAAAGCCCACCUCUGCACCUUCCUCCUAA